UGUAAAAGCUGGGGCGAUUUAGAUGAAGCUUGAAGAUUGCAGACAUAAACAAGACCUAGCGGCGAUAAUAACCAGCGCCUCUUCCUUAACAGACAAAGCUCAAACAUUUUAUCUCGGAUCUAUGACCAGUGGACUUAAUCGAUCAAGCAACAGACAGUUGUUCAGGAGACAACCAAGUAGAUAACUGACUAGAGUCAUUGUGCGACAACAAGUGUACCCCCUGCUGAGUCUUCCGUCUAUUUCGUGAUUACAAGUAGCAGCCACAAAAUACCAGGGACUGAUGGUGAAAUCAUCUGCAACAUCAUCUGAAUGUCUCAAGAUUCCAGUAAAAGCCUCAAGUAUUCAGGCACUUUGAGCCCACAGUUGGCAUACGUAAGUACUACAGAGAUGGCCAGCUUUCCUUUUUACAGUGCCACAAGAUAUCCUAGAGGUUAUGGUGACUUCCAGGCAACUGAAAUACCCAACACAGGAAACACAGUCAACUUCGCACUGCCUCAAGUGUUCUUGGCCAACGAGCCCUCAUGGUACAACGAUGUGGACACCAAGGGCAAGAAGAAGAAGAAUAGAUUCUGCUGCAAGGUGUUACUGAUCAUCGGACUUGUCUUCAGCCUUAUGUUGGUGGCAGCUGGAGCUGUGGCCAUAGCGUUCUUGGCAACCACUGAAUUCAAAGGUGAAGCCCAGAAACUGAGUUCAGACGCAUCCCAGGGGUCUGCACAAGGAGUGGGGUCCCAAGGAACUUCACCUGUCCUAAUUACGUCGACAUCUACAGCCAAUUCUGCUACUACUACACCAACAGCACUGACCAUGACAACGACUUCAACAACAACAUCUGUCCCUACCACUUCUACCACCUCUACUUCCACCACAAUACCCUCAAGAGCCACUUCGACAACCACAGCAUCAUCAGCUACAGCUCUUCUACCUCCUGCGACGACCACCAAACUUACAACUACAGCGACAACAUCUUCAGCGACAUAUUCUCCACCAUUGUCACCUCCAACAACAGAUAGUACUUCAGGGCCUACAUCAGCCACAACCACAACACCUACCACAACCAUUACAAAGUCACCAACUACAGCGACUGUAACACAAAUGACAAUAAAAACUACAGCAAUAAACGAAAGUUCAUCAACAAUAACUACAAGUGUCACAUCUGCGACCACUACAAUUACCACCUCUGUAAUUCAUACAAGUACUACAUCAGUGUCUACAUCAACCACAACACCACUCGCUAAUACUACCACUACACCCCAGAUCAUAAGCAACUCAUCAACAACAACUACGACAACGCCAAUUACUAAUACAAUUCCGACAACUGAAAGAACCACACCGACAGAAGUAACCACAGCAACUGCUACAAUAUCAACCGCCUCUACGACCACGCCAACAACUACGUCAGCUACAACAACAGAAACAACUACAACACCAACAACAACAACUUCAACUACGACAAUAACACCAACAACAACGACAACAACUACCAUGUCAACUACAACAACAGAAACAACACCAGCCACCACAGCAACGCCAACAACCACCACAACAACACCAACAACCACCACAACAACACCAACAACCACCACAACAACACCAACAACCACCACAACAACACCAACCACAACAACAACACCAACCACAACAACAUCAACAACUACCACAACAACACCAACAACCACCACAACAACACCAACAACCACCACCACAACAACACCAACAACUACCACCACAACAACAACACCAACCACAACAACACCAACAACCACCACAACAACACCAACAACCACCACAACAACACCAACAACCACCACAACAACACCAACAACCACCACAACACCAACAACCACCACAACAACACCAACAACCACCACCACAACAACAACAACCACCACAACAACAACAACAACCACAACAACACCAACAACCACCACAACAACACCAACCACAACAACUACCACAAUAACACCAACAACUACCACAACCACACCAACCACAACAACAUCAACAACUACCACAACAACACCAUCAACAACCACAACAACACCAACCACAACAACAACCACCACAACAACACCAACAACUACCACAACAACGCCAACUACAACAUCAACGGUCACCACUUCAACCAUCACUACAACACCCACAACAACUACAACGACACCUACUACCACUAAGGCUGCAACAACAGCGACAACAGCUCCAUCUAUCGUGGCCUCAGCUGACACAUUCAAUUUGUUCAGCACAUCCCAAGUGCAAUGUUCUCUGACAGCCUCAAGCUGGAACGCCGUCAUUAUAGCCAAUGCGUCUGCGCAAGGCAACGUUGUCAUAGCAACGUUUAGACCUGACGGAACUCAAAGUACUAUUCUCGACCCACAGCGCUAUAACGUGAGCAGAGUUCAAGUGGACAGUGUCAGAACGAACUUCAUACUGAGCAUCAAUCAAGUGUUCUGUCAGGACAACACGACCUACUUGUGCGCUGCUCAGACAGCGAAUGGCAUUUUAAACAACGCUGUCAAGCCAAAUUUCUCAAUGACUUCUGCUUUCCAAAGGACGGCUGCGUCUGUUCCCGCCAGUAUACCAGCAAACACGUUGGUCAAUGUUUCGUGUCAGGGCUUAGAAUUCAAAGGUCAGCUAAUACAGUGGCAAUACAAGAGAUCAAACUUAGACUUUCAGUCCGUCAAUCUGGGUGCAUCAGCCAUUCAGCUGGCGGAAGCCACGUCUCCUGGACUCUACUGUAUCAACGCUAUUCGGAACACUGCUCAGGUCUCUCUCCCUGUCACAGCUAACAACGAUCAGAUUCGAUGCCUGUCGACUUCAACCAAUCUUACCUCAGCACCGAUAACUCUUCGAGUUGUUUAGCAUUAAGAGUUUUAUCGAUCCUCCCCCUUAUAUUGAUUUUAAAUAUAUUUUUUCAUUCGUAUAAUUUAAAAAAAAAAAGGUUUUAGUAAUGUAGUGAUUCACUACAGGUGACGUGUAGGCCCCUACUAUGCAUAAAGAAAAUGGGGGUCUUAGACAAAUGUCAAAGUGUAGGCUAGCUGUGAGCUUCGCGGUGUGAUGAUGUUUUAAUUUUGACUAACAUAUUGGCAGUGUUUCAUUGGCUGGAAUGGAAAAACAUUUCGCAAAAAUAAAUCAAUUAUAU